ACCAGAUUAUCUCUCGUUACAGGAUGUAACAGUCCAAACACAAAAAGCAACCAAUCUCUAUUUUUCUUUAUACUUUGUAUUUUUUUUUUUUUUUGAACUACUAUACUUUGUAUUCCAAAAGCAAAUAAAAGAGAGAAGUCCUGAUCCCAUCAACAACUUCAAGUCACUUUUCCACACGGUUCUCUUAUUUAUCUUAGCGACGCAAAUUUCGAUAUAGAUCCUCUUUAAUUAGUAUCUCAUCAAUCACUGUAUAGUGUAUCAGACUCUACGUUCAUUACUAUUUUCACAAGAUAAUUAAACGAGAUUAACAACACGCACUCACCAUUAACAUUAUUAUUUAUCACCAAAAAAAAACAUUAUUCAACUAAACGAAUUUUCUGUACCAUCUCAUCUCAAAUUCUCAAUCCUACCCCUUCAUUAUGACUUGGAGAGGAAGUACAAGUUUAAGUUUCACUCGAGAUAUUUUUUUUGUAUAUAUAUUGAAAACGAGUGUAUACAUACACAUAUGUACAUGCAUACAUGGAUGGAGCAAAAAGGAUUACUUGGGAUCUGUGAAAUUAGUUAAAGAGAGAGAGAGAAGAAACUGAGGGCAAAAUAGUAAUUUAAAAAGCAGAUAUUAUUCUCUGCAACAAACGAGACGCAAACAAACAAAUAUAGAGAGACAGCUUAAACCCUUCCAUAAAACCUCACAAACACACACACACAGUCUCUCUCUCUCUCUCUCUCUCUCUCUCUCUGUGUUGAAAAUGGCGGAGCCACCACCGUCGUCUUUCCAUCACCACUUCAUGUGUCCUCCUCCUCCACCAAAACACCUUCGAUCAUCAAACAAGAAACACUACUCCUUCCCCGGAUCUCAUCACCCUCCCUCCAUCCACCGCCUCUUCCCGUGCCAGUACUGUCCACGCAAGUUCUACACCUCUCAAGCUCUAGGCGGUCACCAGAACGCUCACAAACGCGAACGCGCCGCUGCUCGCCGCAACCUCGGCGUCGAUCAUCAUCAUCAUCCUCCUCCGUCGUCAAUCCUCCACGACGAAGCUGCUUUCGUUUGUCCUAACUUCUACCCUAACCAACCUCCUCAAGUAUCCGUCACAGCAACCGGAUGGUCCGGAUCAACCUGGAUCGUACCUGAUAAUCAACAGACGACGAUGAUGGUGGGUGGUGGUGGUGGUGGUUACGUCGAUCCGUAUCCGUAUCCGUUUGGUUACUACCCGUUUGGAGUUUCCUCCGGAUACAUUGAAGACGAGCCACAGCUCGAUCUUUCUCUCCAUCUCUGAAAGUAAUCUUUGCUUUUAAUUUCUGUUUCGUCUGUUUUUGUCUUUGUUCAGGUCUAUUGUAAGUACUACUUUUGGACCUGUAUAACGUUUCUAUCUCUCUGUCGUUUUAGUGUUCAUCUUCUUACUUGAAAGAUAAACUAGCUGCCUGCUACUUUUGGAUAAUAUAUAUAUCGUUUCGGUUUCGGUUUUA